AUGUCCGUCAAUCCAUCCUUCCAAGAGGCCAUCAAGGUCACUCCACAAGGCUCCAACAAAUACAGCGCCUUCCUCCGACCAGAAUGGUGUAUUGGAACCGGUACUACAAACCCAUAUAACCCUCACCUCCCAUUGACAAAAACUAACAACGCUCCAGUCCCGCACGGCGGCUACACAACAGCCGUAAUCUACCAACUAGCCCUAACGCACUUUGCGCAUGCCCACCCAAAGCAAUACAAAAGCCCCGCAUCCCCGAUUUCCAUCCAACUUUCCUUCCUACGCCGCACAGCCUCAGGCCCCGUAACCUUCGAAGUGGAAGAUGUCAAGAUCGGCCGUCGGACAAGCACAAUCCACAUCAAGCUGCUGCAAACCUCGGACAAGAACCCCGGCCAGCUAGACCUCAUGCUCGCUGGCUAUAUCACCGUCAGCCCGCCAGAGGCCGAGGUCGGCAUUAGCGUGAACACGGGGUGGAGGCCUCUCCCAGCUCCAGUGGCAGGUUCGCGUGCAGACGGCUCUGUUGAUCUGGCGGCGCUGGGCCGGACAGGCAUUGAUGGUGCUUGGACGAAGAUUGUGGCGCCCUUCGCAGAGUUCCGUAAGGCUGGGACGCAUAUUGAGCUGUUUGGUCCUGGUACUGGUGAGGUACAGCAGAAGCGCUCUGGGAAUUUGAAUAUCGAUCAGUGGACUAGGUUCCGGCCUGGGGGGGAUGUUAAUGGUCGCUGGACGGAUGCUGCGGUGCCUUACCUGAUUGAUACGUUUCCCAUGGCGUUGGAUGGAUUUGAUACCAUCGCUGCUGCUGAGGCGAAGGAGAGUGGGUCUUCGGUUGCUGGGCAGAAGGCCAAGUCUUGGUAUCCUACUGUUACGCUUAAUGUGGAUAUGAAGAAACAUCUUCCUGCUGAGGGGGUGGAGUGGCUGUAUAGUCGGGUUGUUACUAAGGCUGUUAGGGAUGGAAGGACGGAUCUGGAGGUUACGAUUGUUGAUGAGGCUGGGGAUGUUAUUGCGUUGAGUACGCAGAUUGGGUUGAUUGUUAGUGCUAGUCGGAACAUUGGGACUAGGAAGAUGGAGAAGUUGUAG